CGGGUCCAUCUAUUCACCAUCGUUCAGAUCAUCUGCCUGACAGUUCUGUGGAUACUCAAGUCUACUGUUGCCGCCAUCAUUUUCCCCGUCAUGAUCCUUGGCUUGAUGAUGGUGAGGAAGAUGCUGGAUUGGGUGUUCAGCCAGCACGACCUUGCCUGGUUGGAUGACAUCUUACCUGAAAAGGACAAGAAGAAACAAGAAGACAAAACAAGAAGAAGAAAGGGAAGGAAGAUCUGGAGAGUGACGAGGAGCGAGCCGGCCACCCUGGAGCUGUGCAUUCAGACUCUUCUGCCAAUGGAUCAGACAUGGACCGCAGCAUUACUCUCCAUUUGAAGAUCUCCUGUCCCUCCUCUCCUGCUAUCAGUUAUCCCAGAAACCCCCCUGAAUGCCGUCCCCCAAGUGAAGAUUGAGAUGGACUCAGACUAUGAGGACUCUGACAUAGACAAGAACCCCAGAGACCGGGGCAGUGAGACUACUUUAUAG